AUGGGGAAAGAUAUGGCAACCAGGAAACUUAAAAACAUGGGCUUUCCAUGCACUUUCAAUGUUCCUAGUGUUGUUAGAGGUGGUGGUCUGGUUUUGUCUUGGAAAAAAGAAAUUCAUCUGAAUGUUGUUUCUUCCAGCUUGAGGGGCAUCUAUGUGACUUCAACUGAUAUUAUCCAUUCUAAAACUUGUCAUAUUCAUUUUGUGUAUGGUGAACCUAAUAAUACCCUCAGACCCUUCUUUUGGGAACAACAGUGUCAACAAACUAUUGCCCCCAUAGAUGAAUCUGUUUUUGUCAUUGGUGAUUUUAAUACUCUUUUAGGAACAGAAGAUAAAACUGGUGAUCUUGAAGUUACUGAUUCUGAUUUUGAACACCUAAGAAAUUUUUGCUCUGUCUUCAACUUGCAUGAUCCUGGUUUUUCUGGUCCAAGAUUUACUUGGUCCAAUAUGCAACAUGGUCCUGAUUUGAUUCUAGAAAGGCUUGACAGAUGUCUUUUAAACCAACUUGCUGAGGAUCUUUGUCCUAAAUUUUGUGUUAACAAUCUCCCUAGAGAUUCUUCUGAUCAUUUCCCCUUGCAUAUAGGUUUUAAUUAUGAGGAAACUUGCAUGCCUAGACCUUUUCAUUUCAUGGCUAUGUGGAUUGAGGAUCCCACUUGCAGAGACAUUAUAUCUAAUUCUUGGUCUGUCAAUGUUAUAGGAUCUCCAUCCUAUAAACUAAGUGCUAAGCUUCUUAGUGAAAAAAAAGGGUUUAGAGAUUGGAACAAAUCUUCAUUUGGUAAUAUUCAAACUGAUAUAUCUACCAUUAGGAAAGAUUUGUUAGAGCUACAGAUUUCUGAUCCAACUGAUACUACUACUACUGCUAGACUUAAAACUAGAUUAGAGUACCUCUAUACCCUGGAGGAACUUUACUGGAAAGAUAAGUAUAGAGAAGUAUGGCUCAUUGAAGGUGACAUAAACACUCCUUACUUUCAUAGAGUCACUCUUUCCAAGAGAAAGAGGAAUGUUAUUAGCUGGAUUAAGAAUUCUUCCAAUGCUAUCCUAAUUUAUAGAGAUAGUAUUGGGAAUUCUUUCUUAGAUUAUUUCAAAAAUCUUUACUCUUCUCAACCACAACAAUUCCAGGAUGAAAUUUUAAACGAUCUGCAUGUUAAAUUUUCUGUUGAGAAUAAUGACACUUUAAAUCUUCCCCUCACUGCUGAGGGAAUUAAAAAAACUGUUGUUGAUAUGACCCAAACCUGCUUCAGAACAAGGCAUAUAGCUAAAGUUUUCAAUCAUACCAAUAUAGCUCUUAUUCCUAAAGUUCCUCUAGCUGAGUUAGUCAAUCAAUAUAGACGUAUAGGUCUAUGUAACUUCAUCUACAAAAUUCUUUCUAAAACUCUUGCUAAUAGGAUUAAACCCUUUAUGAAUAACAUCAUAUCCCACCAAAGUUCCUUCAUACCUAAGAGGAUUAUUUCUGAUAAUAUUAUCCUUGCUAAUGAAGCCAUAUAUUCUGUUAAUCAUAAUGACAAAGUUGAGGGUACUGCUGCCAUUAAACUUGAUAUGUCAAAAGCUUAUGAUAAAUUGGAGUGGUCUUUUCUAGAAAAAGUUUUGAUGAAAAUGGGGAUAGUUGAAAAUUGGAUUAAACUCAUAAACCAGUGUGUUUCUACUGUUUCUUAUUUUGUUCUCUUAAAUGGUAGUCCUACUGGUUGUUUUCAACCUGAGAGAGGCCUAAGGCAAGGGGAUCAUUUAUCCCCUUACCUAUACAUUAUCUGUGAUGAGGCCCUUUCCUCUUACAUAGAUAGUCUCCAAAGGAAUGGUACUCUUAAGGGUAUCAAAAUCUGUAAAAAUGCCCCAGAAAUGACUCAUCUCCUGUUUGCUGAUGACUCUCUUCUUUUCUCUUCUGCUACUACUGAAAACUUUAUUAUUAUAAAGGGCUAUCUUCAAAAGUAUUGCCUUGCUUCUGGGCAGGAAAUUAAUUUUGAUAAAUAUGAUAUUCUUUUUAGUAGGAAAAUCCCUGAGCAUAGGAAAGCUCUUUUGGCUAACAUUCUGGACAUUCAAAGCAGAGAUUUAGGCAAAAAAUACCUUGGUACUCCCACUGUUUUCAAAGCUUCUAAAAUCCAAACCCAUAUGGGAAUUCUUCAGGCCGUGGAUGCCAGAAUUACUGUCUGGCUUCACAAGCUCCUCUCUCAGGCUGCUAGAACUACUUUGGUUAAACAUAUUGGCCAAGCUAUAACUUUGUAUCAGAUGGGGGCUUUUCUUAUACCAAAGUACCUCUGCAGACAGAUGGAUGCCCAUCUCUGCAAAUUCUAG